CUCGUUGCAACUCUCGGCGCGAAAUCAACCUCCAAGAAGAUCAAUCGCAAGGCCAUACAAGAUGUCGAUGUACCAGAAGCAUGUCGGACCAUCAUAAAUCCGGCGGCCCCGAUGGCUUUGCGUCUGCAGGGCAACUUGUUGUAUGGCGUCUCUCGUGUGUAUCUUCAGCAGUGCGGUUAUGUUCUUUCUGAUGCGCAGAAUAUGUAUAAUUCGAUGCAUCUGAUGUUGCGGUCGGUUGAGGGCGCAGCCUUAGAUCCACACGCUGGCAAAGCCAGGCCAGAUCAGCUCAUUUUGCAAGAUGAUCCAUCGUUCCUUCCCGAGUUCGCAAUGCCGCCGCCGGAACUCCUCGCAGAAUUGGAGCGUGGUCCUAUGCUUCCUCCACUACGUACGACGGGCGAGUCACAAUCGUUAACCCCGUUCGAAUUCCAACAGGAACAGGAUCCUUCUACUCCAGGUCCAGCCGUAGGACUCAUUCUCCCUACAUCAUCAUCCGUCGGCCCCGAUGGGCUUGUGCUCCAAGGCAAUGGCCGCAGCAGCAUCGGUGGUCAGGUGGCUGUCGACGACAUGAUAGUACCAGAUGCGCCGGACUUCACGUUCGAUGAGAAUGGCGAGUUCGUUGACCUAAUCGAAACGAAUCUCAAUGUGGGAACCCCAGCAGCUCCAGGAGGGGGUACAGUGCACAGCGAUGCAGGAGCAAGCGCCAAAGUGAGGCAAGAUCAUGAAGACGGUCUACGCGAGCGAGAUCAGGUAAUCGACAAUCAAAUGGACAUCGAUUUCCCCAUGUUCGAGGACGAUCUGCCUGAAGGCGAGGCCUUCCCUACAGGCGGCGGCAGUCUACAAGAUCAGCCCUCAGAAGUAGUAGAGUCAUCAGAUACAGUUGUUGCCCCCAUCCGCCGCAAGAAGCGCACGGCACGAGUCCUUAAUAACGAUACCACGAUGGAGCUUCGAAACAAAGAGCUUGCUGACUGGAAUGCCAAUUACUUGACCAACAUGAAAGAGGCUUCCAAGCACAAGAACCAGUAUCGAAUCAAUCAGCUCGCAAAGAAGAAUGCCGAAUUCUGGCUGUGGGGCUCCGGUAUUGGUGGCAUUGCAGCUCGCAUGCAAGGGAUCAAUGGCCCUACACCCUUUGAUCGAUUUAUUGGCAACAAUCUCUUCGAGCUCUUCACUGGUGUGAGUCGCAAGGGUGGUGCGCGUUCGAAGCGUGAUCGUGACAGCGGCAUCGAUGAAGCUACGCAAGAAGAAUCGCGCCGCGUGCGCCAGCGGACGGAUGAGCUCGAGGAAGAGGUUGGACGUGGUCAAAAAGAUGAGGGCUUGUUUAUCUUUGGAGGCGACGAUGUCGAGCUGCCACGAGAGGAACAGCCACCUCUCGAUGACCAGCGACGCUUCUCAGAAAUGCCCUGGAACAUCACCGCAUCUGUGCGCGGCUCUUCUGCUGUCCCUCUGAGCGGUAAGUCUUUACAGUGUCGCAAUGCCCGCAUGAUCUCCGAGUCGCCACUUCAUCGCCGCAGUCAUCCAGGUGGACUGGAUGCUCUGAAAUUCUUGGACGAUGCGGAAGGCGAUCUUGGAGACCUGGGUGAAGACGACUAUGGCGUCGCAGGCCCAGGCAUCAGCUCAGACAUGCCCGAAGCCAUGUUUGCCGGACCGGAUUCGCGCGUUCGAGAAGCUCCGACUGCGGAGGGCGGAAACUUCUUGAUCUUUGUCGCCGACGCCAUUCACGAGAAGCGCAACCGCAUCGAUCUGGACAUUGCUCCGGGGUCAGGUUCGCAUGCCGAUACUGCCACUGUUGUAGAUGAGGUCUCCUUCGACGAGGUCGUUCCGCUCAAUACGAACAACAAGUUUAUCGCAUCCCAAGCUCUCAUGAUGACUCUUACGCUGGGAACGAAGGGCUUGCUCGACGUUCGUCAGGGUGAACACUUUGCUGACAUCAAUCUGAGUCUUACGGAGAAGGGAAAGGCCCAGGUAGAAAUGCCGCCACAGGCAGAGAAUUAA